CUUGAGUCAUCCCGGCGGUGACUGAAGGAAGGAAGGGGCUACAGUGGGACUCUGCUGUGCCACAGCGAUAGCUGAAACACUAGGCAAACCCUGGCCAUUACCAGGACAAACCCCAAGCGGCCGACAAGGUGGCCUCCCCGUCAGAGGAAAUGGCCCAGGACGGCGGGGCUCGGGCGGCGGUGCCGUGCUGUGCUGUGCCGCCGGCGGCGCCGGGGCGGUGCGGCGCUGACAGGUGGACGCUCCCCUUCCCGCACCGUCCCAGUGGCUGCAGGACGAGGCGGGGGAGAGGGACGAAGACGAGGAGGAAGGGCGGGUGAAUGAUGUGGCUGAACCGGCAAUGUGUUGUGAAAUUAGGAAGGAUUCUGGUGACUUUGUUGGCUGCUUGGUGCUUAGGAUACUUAUUUGCUGAUCUUUUACCCCAAAAGACAAUAACACCUAUGGCUAAUCUUCAAGACAUUGGAAGAAAACCAGUGUUGAGGGCUCCAGUCCCGAAAAGACAGAAAUGUGAUCACUGGUCUCCCUGCUCACCAGGGAGCUACGCCUAUCGGAUUCUUAGUGGUGGUGGCAAAGGAAAGCUGGCUAAAAUUUGUUUUGAGGAUGAGCUUUCCAGGCUUAUAAGUGAAGAGAAGGGUAAUGUUGGAAGAGGUAUAAACAUUGCCAUCGUGAAUUAUAAAACAGGAAAAGUUACAUCAACAAAAUUUUUUGACAUGUGGAAAGGAGACCACUCAGGAGAGAUGAUGGCUUUCAUUAAAAAUGCUCCAGAAGAGUCUCUCCUUCUGAUGGUGACUCAUGAUGAUGGAAGCACCCGGUUGAAAAAUGUUGCCAAAAAGUCAGUAGAAGAGCUGGGAAGUAAAGAAAUAUGGAAUAUGAAGUUCAGGUCAAGCUGGGUUUUUAUAGCUGCCAAAGGCUUCAAGCUGCCAGAUGACAUCCAAAAAGAAAAGAUAAACCACUCUGACCAGAAGAAGAACAGAUACAAUGGGUGGCCAGCUGAAGUCCAAAUAGAAGGCUGUAUCCCAAGAAACCUGAUCUGAACAAAUGCAUACCUCGUUAAUAAAGAUGAUUCUCUAUUUUUGUAUCUAUGACUUUAGGAAAUUCCCUCCAGAACCCAAUAAGCAUCUGAACACUAAUUGUAAAAUAAUCAUGUACAGUUUUAUGCGUUUCUUUCCUCUGUGAGAUUUUACUCUAAUCUGAAAACAAAUAGCUAUUUUGAUAAUAUGUAGAAAUAAAGUACUUUGGUUUGGAGUGUUCAGAAAGUCAGUCAUAAAAUAGCAGGAUUUUUUAAAGUGAGUAUACAUUGUCAUUAGUAAUUUUAGGGUUUUAAUUUUUGUUGGUUGGUUUUAGUAUGUGUUUUCCUUAGCUUCCCUUUAAAGACUACUAUGCAAAUAAAACUUAAUCUAAAUUGUAGUAUAAAAUCACUAGCAAUGAAGUAAGUUUUUAUGUUU